AUGCAUGAUGAUGAUGAUGGUUUCAUAGAGGUCAGCAGGAGAAAGAAUAAGAAGGCCUUUUUUAAGCCAAUAAAUCAACAAACAGAUAAACAAGGAAAUAAAAUAUUCCAAGCAGCAGUCCCAAAUGUGCAACAACAGCACGUGCAGCAGAAUCAACAACAUGGGCAGCAACAGGCGAGGCAGCAUGUGCAGCAGCAGGCGAGGCAGCAUGCGCAGCAGCAACAACAAAAUGGGCAACGGCAGCAGCAACACGUGCACAAACAGCAAUUGGAACAGCAGCAUGUGCAGCAUACUCCAUUAAAAAAUGGGCAGCAGCAGCAGCAACACGGGCAGAAACAGCAGCAUGGGCAUCAACAACAACAGCAUGUGCAGCGACAGCAGCAUCUUACAACUGACAACGUGCAGCUUCAACAACAUGAUACAGCCGAAAAUGAGCAGCAGCAACAUUGUACAGUCGAAAAUGGAGAGCAAAAUAUCAAGGGUGUUGGACCUAAAAGACAGAAAAAGAAACAAAAAGCAAAAAACAAAAAGAACAUACCUGUAGCUAGAUUCCUCAAGAACAUGCUAUGGGCGAAACAGAAAUCAAAACAGGCCCAUAUCAAGGAUAUUCUUAAGAAACCAGAGCAAUCUAGGAACAAAGACAUACCUGAAAACAUCACGGCAAAAGAGGUAGCUCAGAACAUCAUCAAGAUUAAUCGAGGGAUAAACGAAGAUGAGGAUCCUGACAGCCAAGGCAGCAGCUCUGAGGGAGUUCAUAAAGGACAUAUGUCCCCUAUCACUGCAGAUACCGAGUGCUUGCAACAAAAAGGUGGUACUUUGGUGAUAGAUUUUGGAAGUCUUGAGUACAUUCCCCCAGGAAAACAAAACAGACAUGGCACAGAAAUAGAGCAUGACUCUGAUCAGGAGCAUUGUUAUGACACUAGUGAGGAUGAAAUAGAAGGAAUAUCAUCUGAUGAAGAAGUGCCAGAUAGUUUUUUAGAUGUUACUAAAGAAGAAGAGGCACAGAUUCUGGACAGUUUGACGGAAAUAUUUGCUCCAAGCCCUAAGGACAACAAAGACCCUAUCUCACAUGAAAUGGAAGAAAUCAUACAACAACAAGGUUUGUCUCCGAGAGGUAACAAAAACAAAAAAGGUAAGAACAUUAAUAAGGAAGACAAUACUGUACUCCUAGAAAAUUUUGAACAAUCUGGAAAGGUUGUUCCACCACCUAAGAUUUCUUUAUGA